AUACCAGACCAAACACGCACGUUUACAGAUUUUCAUUCAGGAAGUGCCGAGUCUCUCAUGAGGUUGACGUCUGUUAAGAGUGAAACGCAUUCAUAAGUAACAUUUGUUUUGGACUGUCAUGUCGGAUUUUGUGUUGCGGACUACAAAAGUACACCUGCUCAAGGAGCCAGUAGUGAAAAGGUUGUCCGAAAUAUUGGACGCGUCCUGCGGAAGAGGAUGGCGAACACUCGGAGAGAUAGUUGGCAGUGAUGGACGGUUUAAAGUCAGCUCAGAUGACAUGGAAAUGUGCUCCCUGAGGGUGCUUGAGGUGGAGGGAUCCCCGAGUCGUAUGUUGCUGAGGCUGAUAGGAGAGCGAGGCUGCACAACAGCUCAUCUGAUCGACUUCCUGCAAACACUGGGCAACAUGGAUGCACUUCUAUGCCUGAAACCCACAGCUCUUCAGAUCCUCACUCAGCCACAACCUGUGUCACUUUUGUCGGGUCACAAUCUGCAUCUCAGCUGCUACGGUUUGGGAACAUCACUGGUGCAUUAUCAGUGGUUCAAAUCCAAGGAGGAGAUUCCAAACAGUUUCUCUCCUGACCUAGUGAUCAGCCCGGUGACCAUAGAGGAUGCAGGAUUUUACAUUUGCAGGGUCAACUGUGGUCAAUCUGUUCUAUUCAGCAACUGGGCUCAAGUGGAUGUCCUCAAUGAUGGUGUCUCAUCUGUGUCAAGACAUCAGUCUGUGGAUGGUCGACUGGAACUGGUAAUUCAGCCCAAACCUUCGCAAUUGUGCAUUGGCGAAAGCUUGGAAAUGGAAUGUGGAGCCAUUGGACGUCCAAUACCCUGCUAUCAGUGGCACAGAAAUGGACAACCAAUCCCCUACUGUACAAAGAGAAAACUCAAGAUCCAGCACGUCAGUCUGGAGCAUCAGGGUCAGUAUCACUGUGAAAUCAGCUGCAGCCAAGACAGAGUUUGGACUGAUGAAGUAGACGUGGUGAUCACGCCAAGAGUAGCUAUCCAGGUUUGUGGAGCGACCGAAUGUGCAGAAGAGGACAUACUAGUCAUUGGGCAAGUUUCCACGGAGUUGAUCCUAGACAGCAUUCCUGAGCAGCUGUAUGCAACUGAGAAAGUGGCACUUUUGAUUGGCAACUUGUCAUACCAGAACCACCCACAACUCAAAGCUCCCAUGGUGGAUGUCUACGACCUCACCAACGUCCUGCAGCAGAUGAACUUCAAGGUGGUUUCACUGCUAGACUUGACUGAGUCUGAGAUGAGGAAUGCUGUUGAUGAGUUCCUGCUGCUGCUUCACAAAGGGGUCUAUGGGCUGUUGUACUACGCUGGACAUGGCUAUGAGAACUAUGGCAACAGUUUCAUGGUUCCUGUUGAUGCACCAAACCCAUACCGGUCAGCCAACUGUCUGUGCGUCCAAAGCAUCCUGAAGCUGAUGCAGGAGAAGGAGACGGGUCUCAAUGUGUUUCUGCUGGACAUGUGCAGGAAGAGGAACGUUCAUGACAAUACCAUGCCCAACAUUGUGCUGCGAGUCACCGCCAACAUCGUUUUUGGAUAUGCAACGUGCCAGGAUGCCGAAGCAUUUGAGCUUAACUCCAGUGGCUUCACCAAUGGAGUGUUUGUUAAAUUCCUGAAAAAGCGACUGCUUGAUGACGAGAAGAUCACUGUGGUGCUGGACAAAGUUGCUGAAGACAUGGGCCAAUUUGAUGCCACGAAAGGGAAGCAGGCUCUGGAGAUUCGCAGCAGUCUGUCAGAGAGGAGAGCGCUGACCGAUCCCAUUCAGCCUGGCAGUGCUGAUCAAAUUCUCAGCUGCCAGUGGGCCAAAACUCACGAACUGCCUGAGAGCAUGAAUCUGGACUUUGACUGUGGGGCUCAGAUCAAAUUGGGUUUUGCAGCCGAGUUCUCCAAUGUGUUGGUCAUCUACACUCAUAUCGUCAAGAAACCAGCAGACAUGACUUUUUGUCAGGCUCAUGUCACAGACUUCUCGCAGGACCUGGAUGUGGAUCCUAAAGAUAUGAACAGGGAGACUCCAGAGGAGACGGGGAUCUACCUUUUGUCCAGAAAUCUGCCACAGCACUGUCUCUACACUAGACUGAGCUCACUGCAGAAGCUCCAGGAGGAUCUGGUCUUCACCGUUUGUCUCCAAGGCACUUUUGCCUCUAUGGAUCAUGAUGAAAAGGUCCACUGGAACAAAAGCAUCAACAUCGGGAAGCCGCUGAUCGCUCGACUGGACCUGCACCGACCCAUGCGGAGGAACAGCUGCUUGCAGACUUGUCUGAUGCCCCACAGCCCUUCUCAAAGUCCCACUCACAGCCCUGGUGCAGAACACCACCUCCACUACCAUCACGCUCAAGAUGCCCACCAUCUCUCCCCCCAUCUUCACCUCCUUGAGUCUUACGAGCACCCUCAAGGAGCGGUGGGUGGCGGUUGGGGGUCUCUCUAUGAGGACAUGGGUCACUGUAAGGACAUGGAUGGACUUUCAAGCUCACUGGGGGGGUUCAGUGUACCAAUAGAGGCGGGGGACGACAUCAAUGAGGUGCAGACCAUUUUCAUCAAAAGUCUGCAGUUUCAACGUCCGUGAUGUAUUUUUACAUGACCAUGAACCAUCUAAAUGUUUUUAUAAUACUUCAUAAUUAAUUGUUUAACUUCAACAAAAUUCAUUAUAUAGUGGAGAUCUUUGUUUUAAACAUUUAUAGAUUCAGAAAAGCAACAUGUAUACUGAAUUCUUGUUAAUGUGCUAAAGUUCAUUGUCAUGUCCCCUCCUUGUGUUGUCACAUCAGUACACAUCAUCGACUCAGGCUAAUUUUUUUCUCUCUCCACUUUCUUAUGGCGCUUGUCAUUUGUACAGUUGCACUGCAGUGGCUGUGCUCUGGCCAAAAAUCUCUGACGCACAAUUUGGUUUUGUACAAUUCUUAAUAACAUUUGAUUUGUACUAGACUUGAGUACAAUCAUUUACUUGAAAAAGGUGGCUUUAUUUUACUCUCAAAGCAUUCACUUCAGUUGAAGACAAAUUUCACGAUCACAUUUGACUUCAUUCAUUCAUCAAAAUUCAUUAAUGUGAUGAAAUUAAUUAGUGAGGAUACAAAUAGUUCCCUCACACUACCAUAAGGCACAAAGCAUUGAGCAAGCAUGCCUUGUCCCCCUUUACUUUUCAUUGCAGCUGCAGAAAUGCUGUCAAUUCAUACAAAAAGGCAAUCUCUAACUUUGGAAAGGUGUACAGUCUUGAGGAGAGAAUUGGUGAUCAGCCAACAGGUAGGUUCCACCAUCUUUAUGAGAAAUGGUGAUCGAAUCCCCAAAAUGAUGGUAGCAAUUCAAUGUUUUCCCCUGUUUUUUUUGGCCAUUAUUUAAACCGUGUUAUGAAGAAAAAUGAUUCACGAGGAACUCUCAAGUCAUGGGACAGCUUAAAUUAGUGUACUGCUCAGUUGGUGCAAGAUGGGUUGGCAUUUCCGAACCAAAAAAUUUAAUGUCUGUCAGGAUUCAUUUGCAGAGUCUGUUCUCCUGUUUUCAACCACCCCUGGAAAGAGCUAUCAGACAGAGUAAGAGGGUGCUUGGGUUUUAAGAAAAAAAAACAAAAAAAAAGAUUUUUGAUAAUUUCAUGAAUACAUUCUGCAUCAAUGGCUUUAAGACCUCCUUCUUCAACAACCAAAUAACCUUUCUAAAGAUUCUCUUUGUUUUGCUUUUUUGUUUCAAUUGUACUAAAAGUUAGUCUGGUUUCUUUGAAUAUCUGUAAAACGUGCCAUGCCAUAUUGUUCUGAAGACCUUUAAAAGAAAAAAAGCUACUGAGUCACAAUUGAGCGAUUGAGUUGCGCACUUUGUGACGUCACUGCAUUUCCUUUUUUUUUUUUUUUUUUUUUGUAUUAUUCAAUAAAUUGAACUAGUGUAUAAAUGAUAUUUACAAAACUACUAAAAAUGAAACAAAUCAAACGAAAGUAUAUUCGUGCAAGUGGGCAUAGUGUGUAUUUAAGUGAAUAUCAUAAAUCGUGUGCCUCCAUUAAUGGUCUUCUCAGGUGUUCUUUUUAGUUGAAUGAAAAAUUGAGGAGGUUUUUUUUAACUACACUUAGAUUAAUGGAUAUGCACUUUGGCUAGAAUUUUUAUAAGGUUCAUAAUCAAACUUCUUGCAACUAAGUGGUCUUCAUGUAAGCCAAACAAAACACCUUUUCCAAAAUUACUCAAAACAGUAAUUAUUUAGUCAUUUAGGAACUCACAAAUCUCCUGCCAAAAAGGUGAUAUAGAUGCCUGUCUCAAAUCUUUGCAGGGAUAGGUUCAGUGAUGAGGUGUAAAAGAGACUUCUCUCUGUUGUUUAUCAUUUAGCGAUGAGAGAGGAGCCGGAACAUAAUUGCAAACGAUGAAGAAAUGUAAAUCUCCAAAACCUAAAAAUAACUUAAAAUAACAUUGGAUGAUUAAUCUUAAAUGACUACAGACCAAUGGCACUGACGUUUAUGGUCAUGAAGUCCUUUGAGCUCCUGGUUCUCUCUCACCUGAAAUCCAUCACUGCUUCUCACCCGGACUCAAUGCAGUAUGCCUACAGAGCCAACAGAUCAGUGGACGAUGCAGUG